AUUCCAACAUCUCUUCACCUCAUGAACACAAGGACUAAUACAGACAAGAUGACCAAAGCUUUCUCCUCAGUAGAAUGGCUUGCUCAAAGCAGCCGCAGAUCUUACAGAGAAAAGCCAAGCAAAGUGGAUCAGCGAUAUUCACCGUACCCAAGCCCAUCCCUGCCUUCCUGGAACAGUGAAGUAUCCCCUUCUUCAUGGAACAACCAACUAUCUCCAGAUCCAGACAGUACCCAAGUCUCACCAUGUCCUGGGAAUGCACAAGUAUCUCCAUAUUCCUCAGACAGUGAAAUAUCACUGUAUUCCCAUGAAGAAGAAGCCACAUUCCAUGGAAGGGACCUUAAUACCUCAACCCCUGGAGACAAUGGAUUGCACAAGGACACAGCCAAAUAUGAGUAUCAUGGAAUGGUUUCAGUGCCAGCUAAAACUCCUACAACCAGCUCCAAUCAAGUUGCUUCUAAGUCUGGCUACAGCACUAGCACUGACUCCGACUAUGAAAGUGAAGCAAGUCGCUCCAGCUCUGCAGCCCCUGAAGGAGAUGCCACCAUGUCUCUGAGCCCCAGUGAUACCUCAGAUGAAGAGGGCAAGAUGGGCCGAAGGCUGAGAACAGCUUUCACCAGUGAUCAGAUCUCCACUCUGGAGAAGACUUUCCAGAAACACAGAUACCUUGGGGCAUCUGAAAGACGUAAACUCGCAGCCAAACUCCAGCUUUCUGAAGUCCAGAUUAAAACCUGGUUCCAGAACCGCAGGAUGAAACACAAACGUGAAAUCCAAGAUGGCAGACCAGACUCAUACCACCCAGCCCAGUUCUUUGGUGUGUACAGCUAUGCACCGCAGCCCACUCCUGUAUUCCAGCAUGCUGUACAACAACCUUACCCAGGUUACAACCCACUAAUGGAAUCCAUGCCUUGCACCAUGCCCUAUGCCAUGCAUCCUUCUGCCAAGGACUCCCUGACUCCCUUCAACUCCCAGCCUUUCCAGAUGCUCUACUUGCCCCAACAGCACCUUGGGCAGUCUCUGGCCUAUUAAGAAGAGAGGCCUUUUGUUAGAUAUUAGUUUGAGGCCAAUUCAAAGGACUAUACCAAAGGCUGGACUAUUUCAAGAGCCUCUGUAUUUGAAUAUUAGCACUAAAUAAUGUGGCAAGAUGUCCACAAAAUGACCUCAUUUUAUUGGGUCAUAUUUUGUUGUAAUUUCAUUAUUUUAUUCACAUUGAAUAAUUACUUUUAUAGAUGUUAAAUUAAAUGUAAUGUUUUACUUCUGUUAAAUUAAUAAUAAAUGUGAUUUAUAUUUUA